AUGCCUUGUGUGUUCCGGCAAGGCUGCCUGGUGCAGUCUUCCACCACCCUGGGGGACACCAUCUUGGAGGAACGGAUCCAAUUUCACGAUGAAACUACUUCUCUUGACCUUAUCACCCUUCUGCAGUGCACAAAGCUCUUCAUGAAAGGAAUGUCAUCAUUCCAGCUGCAGGUAAAUUGCUAUCAUGUUUAUUGUCUCCUCAGUUCUGCUCAGAGUCUGGAGAACAAACUGGAGUGCCACUUCACCUGGAACCUCGAUCCUGGAAGUCACACAUUUUCUCGUAUAGGGAGAGUUGUGGAGGACUUCGGCACAGAUGAGGGAAACAUCUGGCUGGGUCACAUUUACAACCUGCAGGGGUUCAUCCAGUGCAAGCUGGGCUCCUCUGAAGAGGCCCUGAAGUCCUUCAGCCGAGCCACUGAGACCUUCCAGCGUCUUAAAGGCUCUGAUGAAGGUCCCUGGUUGAUAGUGAACUAUGGGAAUCUGGCUUGGCUGCACCAUCAUAUGGGCGAAGACGAGAAGAGUCAGGAUUACCUGUCAAAGGUUGAAGCUCUGAUGAGUGAAUACCCAGCACCACCUGAGGAAGAGCUCCACCCAGAGGUCUGUGCUGAGAAGGCCUGGACCCUGAUGAGGUUUGACAAGGAGAAAGCUGCAGAGUUCUUCCAGAGAGCCAUAAAAAUGCAGCCAAAUAACAUAGAAUGGCAGAGCAGCUCUGUGAUGCUAUCAGCAGACACCUUCAAGGGCAACAUGAGCGAAAUUACUCCUGAUGUCCUGGAGAGCCUGAGAUCCGCCACAGAAAGAGAUCCAGAAAACCUAUAUGUUGCUGCUCUUUAUUUGGAGGCAAGAGCUGCAAAAGGAGAACGAAUUCAAAAGGAAGCUCAAGCAUUGGCUGAAAGAGUACUAAUGAGGUCCCCAAGCUUUUACAGUGGAAUGAGACCGUUACUGCGCCUUUACAGACAUUAUAUAUCUAAAGAUGAAGCUGUUGAGUUAGCUGAGAAGGCCCUGAAGAGGCAUCCUGACUCACGUGUUUUAAAGAGAAGUGCAGCUAUCUGCUACAUGAAAAAGAUUUUGUCUGCAGACUGCAAACACAAUACUCCAAGAGAAACGAUCACUCGAGCAAUCAGUCUCUGGGAGGAAAGGAUCGUUCUCUUUGAGGAAUCAAAGCUUAGAGUUCAAACGACUCUGGCUGAUUUAUAUGCAAAGGUUGACAUGGAGAAAGCCGACCAGAUUUAUGAAGAAAUGCUGAAUAGAGAAGAUCUACCUUUAGCUGAGAAACAGAUGCUUUACAACUAUUAUGCUAAAUAUUUAUUCUUCAAUAGAAAGGAUAGUCCCAGGUCUAUUGAGUACCACAUGAAGGCAGCAGAGAUUCCAGUAGAAUCCAAUCAUCGACAGACGAGCAUCAAAGAGCUGGAGAAGACCUUGAAAAGAAGCAGAAACCCUCAAAUGUGUGAAGAGAUCUGGAGUAUUCUGAACAGCCUGGAAAAUCAGCCUGAAACGCAGAAUCAAUUUCAGGCUGCAGAGCUCUUCCAGAAAGCCGUGAGGAUGGAGCCAAACAACGUGGAAUGGCAGAGCAGCUGGGCAAUAUUAUCAGCAGAUUCCUUCAAACCUUUCAUGGAGGACAUGACACCUGAAGUUCUGGAAAAAGUGAAAUCUGCCACAGAACGAGAUCCAGACAACUUAUAUGUUGCUGCUCUUUAUCUGAAUGCACAAGGUGCAAAGGAAAAACAAAUUCGGGAUGAAGCAAAAUAUUUAGCUGGAAAGAUUCUAGAAAAGCCGAUGCACAACUACUGUGGGAUCAACCUGCUAAUCAAGCUGUAUAGAAAGUACUUAUCUGUAGACGAAGCCGUUGAAAUAGCCGAUGAGGCAGGUGAACAUAUGUGCUCCCAACCCAUCAGCAGAAAAGGAGCAACUUUAGAAACCAGAGGUGAAAUGUCAGUGUUCUGA